CGAUGAUGCGCCAAGUCAACGUCGAAAGUGCUAUGGCAUCCUCCGCAGACAACGCCGUGUCGGCGGGCCAAAACCACCGCGAGCGCUUGCAACAAGAGAGCCGGCGUCGGGCGGAAGUGGCCUGUAUGGAAAAGGAGGACUACACGUUUACACAGGAAGGGGUGGACCGUCUCAAGCGGCAAGAGGCGAGGCUGACCAUGCAAGAAGAAGACAAGCACAUGCGAAAGCUCAUGAAGGACGAGGCCGCUCGAGUGUAUCAAGCAUUAGAAAAGGAAAGGCGGCGAGUGGAAGCUGAAGAGAGACAAGUGCUGCUGGACAAGCACAAGAUUGAAAUGGAAGCCCUGAAAGCCAAGCAAGAUGCGGAAAACGACCGCAAACAACAGGACCGCGAAGCCCGCAUGCGCAAGAUGAAGGAAGCGUCCGACCGGAAAGCUCGGGAAGAGUACUUGGCCAACGAAGCUGUGAAAAAGGCUGUGUUGGAGAAGGAACGCCAGGCACAGCAAGAGCAGAUGGAGCGACUACAUAUGGAGAUUGAGGACGACGCCGAGCGCGGGCGCAUGCAAAAAGCCGCCGAAGACGCGCUGGUCCAAGCCAAAGUCGCUGCCGAAGAGGCCAAGUGGAAGGCGUGGGAAGAGGCGGAAGCCGCGCGAGAAGCCAGCGAGCAGGCGGCCCGCCGCGCUCAAAUGGCCGCGCAGUACGAAGAGGACAAGAAACGCCGCAUGGAGUUGCAUCGACUUCGAAAGGAAACGGAAAAUCGACUCAAGCGAAUUGAAGCCAUGGACCACCCGACGUCACUGCCGCCCCCGUCCUCCCCCCCGAAGGGGAACGACCCCCCCGCCAAGAGCGUGCCGAAGAUUGGAUCGUUUUGCUUGAACCCGUCGGUGGACAAGCCCCCCGUGGGGGAGUUUAAAGACGUGGCGUUGCUGACCAAGGAGCAACUACGGGACGAACACAACACGUGUGUCGUGUUGAAGAAAUCGAUCAAGCAAGACAUUGUGUCUUGGUGCGAUGCCUUCCAAGCGAAAUUGAACCGACCGCCGACAUUAGAAGAAAAGACAGAGAUUCAACAGCUGUACAAGCGAUACAGCGACGUCGAAGCCCACUUGCGACUAGUUAAACACCGCCUCGAAGGGUUAGUUGCUGAUGACAAGGCCAAAAAAGCGCAGCACUCGUCCGCGUUUCAUCAGUUGAGUGCUGCUGCAUCAACUAGUCCAUCGGCUACUACCAUCCACAAAGCAGAUACACCAGGGGUAUUGCUAAAAUCCACACCAUCGCAGCAACAACUCAACGCUAUGAUGGACACUUCGAAUGCUACCCCAAGUUCGCCCCCAGAACUGGAUAUUCUGUCCCAUCGCAAGAAACAUAUCAAGCAGGAGAUCCAAGACUGGUGCACGCACUUUCAACAACAGCAUGGCCACCCGCCGACGGUAGCCGACAAGAAGGACGUGCAAGGAAUGUAUGAGGAGUAUGCUACCCUGGACGCCAAGAUCAAAACGCUCAAGUACAGCUCUGCGGAAUCCGUCCUUGUAGCCGCCGUCCCAUUGGCUGCCAAUUUAAGCAUUGAUGAUCUCGUGGGUUUAGUGCAUGACGCGCUGGACAGUCCGACGCCACUUCCUCCACGUGACUUGGCGCAGCGCAUUCUCGCCAUCCACGAAGCAAUGGACGGUCAGAAAUGCUCGGCAUUCUUAAAGGUCGACGGCGUCGAAAGCGAGUCCCCAGCUGCGCACGCAGGGCUCCAAGUCGGAGACGUCGUCGGUCGAUUUGGAUCUGUCGUUAAAGCGCCCACGGCCACCCAUUCGACACUGAUUCGCCAAGUGGUGACGGUGGUCAACGCACGGGUAGGAAAGGGCGUGUCCAUUUCCCUCCAACGCGGGAGCUCCACUUGGCGGCACUUGGUCCUGAAACCACAAAAGUGGAAGGGCAAGGGGUUGUUGGGGUGUGUAUUGCAACCGUAUGAGCCCCCCCCACUCAACCUAUCCGUACCAACUCAACCAGCACCAAGGGCCCCACAAAACGAUCAAGCCCAUACAUCGACGUCAGGGGCCCCACAAAACGACCUAGCGGCGUUCGAAGCACUGUGUGUGCCAGUUCCAGUCGACCCAAUCCCCCUGCCAUUGGGGGACUUGAUAGUAUGGCACCACAAGCUGUUGGACGCCAUCGAUACAGUGUCGUCUCCAGCGUUCGUAUGUCCUAAAGAGGGUGCUGUGGAUACCCUUCGGUGUCACAUGGACGCAACGAUCAGUCAACUGAUUGAUCACAUGCAGCGCCACAUGAUUGCAAUGAAUGCGAUCCCGUUUGUCAAAGUGGAGUGCGUAGAAGUGGACUCCCCUGCCGCCUUUGCUGGCCUCCUAGCGGGGGAUUUACUUGGGCGAGUGGGCUCUGUCAUGUAUUACACUGGGGCCACACACGCAACCUUGAUUAAAGACAUGGUGGGGUUGGUGAAUGAACGAACGAACCGGGGUAUUUCGAUUUCGCUGCUUCGGGGAAGUCGAACGUGGCUGCCACUGGUGCUUCGGCCACACAAAUGGAAAGGCCAAGGACUCUUGGGGUGCAUUUUACAUCCGUUUGAUGCCCCCGAGCGGGCCAAGAAACACGCGUCGUCGUUAAAACUGUCGCCGACCGCCACCCAACCUAUCCCCCCUGAACCCAGGCUCUUGGCGACCGUAGAUACUCAACCAAUACCCAUGUCACAGAAACAGCCAGACGAACCAGCCCCUGAACCCCCAGCCGUCCAUGAGGCCAGAACACUAUUAGAACCAGAGCCUUUGUUACUGCGGAAAGACACGGAAGUGCCACAAAGCACGGAGGAUGCAACUGCCAAAGACACUGAGCCUGCGGUCGAGAUGAAGGAAGAAGACCCCCCCAGCGCCCCCUUAGCUGAAAUCAGCCAGUUCCUUUUGGAAGCCAAUAACGUCGUCGCAGAGCUUCCCGUUGCGCAACACGAGAGCUCCCCCGGCAUAUUAUCCAAGAUGGAGCGUCUGGAGGUUGAUGAUGCAAGGCUGGUACGAGACGACAGUGUAUCACCAAGUCUAGCAAAUGAAUCCUCCAUCGCUGUCGUCGCAAUGUCAACAUGUGAACGCGAUGGCCUUGGCCAAUGUGCGGUUGAGGUGACCACAGCACUGUCGGCCUCUGUGCAAUCUGAAAUCGCUCAGUCGAUGGAGAGCCUGCCCCCCACCGCCGACAACGAAGGGGUCCUGGAACCGUUGGUGGAGGCUGCACGAAUACCCGACCCCCAACCGAAUGUGUUCCCAGGCGAAGAUAUACCCACGAAUCCCGAAGGAAAGACUGCCGAGAGAUCUGUAUUACAGGAAGAAGCAAUAGCCCAAAACACAACUGUGGAGCUACGGGGAGAAGCCACACUUCGUUGCGACGACGUAUGCCACAAUGAAGAUGGAGUGCAAGAUGACCACCCCCCACCUCCUUCCGAGCCGUCAGAAGCGGUGGUAGAAGUGUUUGAGCCUGUGGUGGCACCUCGAGUGGCAAGCACUCAAGAGGAACAACUAGACACAUUAAUCCCCCCACUAUGUCAGGGGGAAGCACCUAGCGCGCCAUCCGUCGCCGCCGUCGAUUCAUCUACCCAUGAUGAUAAUUGCGAGCAGCUCAUAUUAAUGAACGAAUCUACCUGCGAUGGCGACACGGUGGCACCCCUGCCAGGCCCUUCAGCAGCGUCCAACCAACACGAGGACAAUUUAGAUCGUAUUUUAUCCGAAAAAUACUCUGAUCGAGUAUCAACUAUGGACACGUCGACAGACGACACUCCGGCGUUGGGCAGCACCGACGUUUUGGCCGUCGUUUCAGACAAAGUGGCUGUGGUGGACUACUACUUUCCAGUCGAGGCAUUUGGCAUUUUCGAGGAAAUUUCUGGAGACGCUGCGUUGGCGGGAUUGGAAGACAACGAUUACUUGGUUUGGUUCGACGGGAUGGCUCUGUACUCGAGUGGCGUGAGUCCCCCCACUGCAAUUAGCAGCACCGCCCGCCUGGACGCGUUUUCCAACAUCACGGUGUUUCCACUGCGACUACUCGUUAGUCGAUGGAGCGUCGACGUGUUGCAGUACGAGUCGUUCGAGGUCAAGUUGGAGUCCUGGGACGGUGUGGGUCUCGUCUUGCCGAUCGAACACGUAGCGACCAACAACAACAACGACGACAUAAUCGGACUAAUCCCCUCUGGUACUACUACUGGAGACGAAGCGACGGCUUCCCCACCUGUCGGCGUCGACCAUGGAGGGGCUUUCGCCCAGGUGAAUGCCGUGUACGACAACUCCCCGGCCGACAAUGGGGGGCUCAUGGCGGGCGACCUCGUGUUUUGGGUGACUGACCUCCCGACAUUUCCCACCCUCGACAGUGUCUCCGAUUGGAUUGGGACCAUGUACUCGGCUUCGUUGGCCGUGGAAAUGCACGUGUAUCGGUACUCGUCCGAUGAAGCGCGGUAUGACGAGCUCGUGCUGCAAAUUCAGCCGGAUCGGUGGUGUGCACCCCAACUGCAGCUGUCGUCUGCCGUGCGCCGCAACGUCGAGUUGCUCGGCGUGGACUUGAUUUACUUUGACAUUGCAGCGCCCCAAGUCAUUUACCCGCCAUUUCUGCUCGUGGAACAUGUGAUCGCUGGGUCCCCCGCGGCCGACGCCGGGCUCGUAGCGGGCGACUGGAUUGGCAAACUCGGUCAACUCACGGCGGUUGCGACGACGACGACCUCAUUGGACGACGAUCUGAUAGGCCAAGUGCAUUUGUACAUUGAUAAGGCCAUGCCAGUGCAGGUCGGUCGUUACGACAGCACAUCCCGGUCGAUGCAGUCAUUUGACGUGACACUGCGGCCGCAGUCGUGGGCAGGCGACGGGCUAAUCGGGUGCCAGCUGACGCCAUGGGCUCCCCAGGACAUGACUCCUUUCCUCGUCGUGCAAUCGUUGCCGUCGUCGUCGUUGGCAGACCCAGCCCUCGAGGACGGCGACCUCAUUCUCCGCCUGGGCGACCACGUUCACGACCACAGCAUGCAGGAUGUGUCGCACUCCAUCGACGUCCACGACACUGGCGGUCUUUUGCUUGUGCUGCAACGAUGGGACCCCACUGAUAUGGCGUACAAAACGUUUCCCGUCGUGGUCGCGACCACGCCCCAUCAUGUGACGGUGUGGACAUUGGACAGCGUAGACUUUAUAGGGUGGCACUGCGUGGUCUACGAAGCAUAUUGGGCGCAAUAUGAAGAAACCCACCCAGCGGAGCUGCCGUGCAAAGAGUGCUGGGCCACCGCCUUUAGUACCGUCGCACAUGCCGCCGCGUAUGCCGGCCACGAUCCGUGUCUGCGCUACUUGGGCGAGUACUUUGAUGUGUUUGUGGCCGACACGCUCGGACGCACACCGUUGUUUUUUGCGUGCUAUGCCAACCAAGUGGAGUGCAUCCAACUGCUCCUGGCACUGGACUACUCGAACUUGAAGGAAUCGAUCGACUCGAACGGAGACACCCCCUUGCAUGCGGCCACGAGCGGCGGCGCCCUUGCUGCCAUCGCUCUCCUCCUCCAAGCUGGAUGUAACCCCGAACCCAUUAACUACUCGGGGAUGCGACCAGUGCAUAUAGCGCCGUCCGCCGACACAUUGCAAGCCCUCGCUUCUGGCCAGGCCGAUUUGCUAGCGCUGGACGGUUGCGGUCGCAUGGCGCUGUCAUAUGCUUGUAUGGCUGGCGACGACGCCAGCGUCCGGUACUUGGCGGGCGAAUGUGCCGAGUUUAUCGACUAUCCCGACCCUGAAGGCGAGACGCCGCUGCACUUUGCAGUGGUUGGGGGGUACCUGCCCUGUGUCCAAGCUAUCGUAGAAGCGUCGUCCAAGUACAUAUUACGACCGAACAAAGCCGCUAAAACGGCGCUGGAUGUGGCAAAAGAGAGGAGCCAAUGGGAGAUUGCCACGUAUUUAGAGCAAACUUGCGGUGUUGACGACACUGUCCCGCCUUGAUAGGUCCACUUAACAACCUAACACAAAAUGGCAACCCGCGAC